CAUGAGCAAGCAUUCACGGAUACGGGCGCCGCUGCAAGUACGCCCGGAGUCAGCCAGCGCCAGCUUCAGCGCCACCGCUGACGUUUGCCUCGUGCUUGCUUGUGAUGAUUUUUAAGCCGCCGCUGCGUUCCCACUGCACUACUGCCCAUUAACCCAUCUCUUAUCAUCAUGUCGGUCCCGCUAGAACGCGUCACGAGCUCGGGGAGCAUCCUGCCUGCGCCGUGGCUCCGCCAAUGGAACGAGGCGCUCGGAGCAUACUUCUACAUCAACCCCACGACCGAGCCGCCGACCCGACAAUGGGCCUUCCCCGCCCCGCUCGGCCCAGACCCAAACCCAUACGGCACGCCGCCCGCCGGCCCACCAGGCGCAGCAGCGACCGCCGCGACGGUGGUGUACCUGCCGCCGUCGCCCAACCCUGCGGCGGAGGCACGGCGCGGGUCCUCAACCGAGGAGGCGACACCGCUCAACACGCCUGACGCGCUGCACCGUGCCGAAGAACGCGGCGCGCGCCUGGCGCACGGGUUGGACGCGCUGCAUGCGCGCCGGGUAGAGGCGCACGAGCGCGUCGAGGAGCGCGUGCACAAUGUCGUGUCUGCGAUCGACGACAUCUUGCACCGCGAGCACAAGGCGACCCACGCGCCCACACCGUCCCAGUACACCCAGGGCCAGUACCGCCCCGUCACGCCGGGGUACGGCUACUCUGAGGGCGGCGGCUCGACGGGGUUCACGUACCAGAACUGCUAUGAUGGCCGCUCGGCGCGCGCACAAUAGAUGGCAGCAGUUCCAAAUCUGGUCCGGCGAACAAUAGAGCGAGUUCGCGGCGGCGGCGGCCCCUACGGCCGGCCGCCGUGAUAUAUGUAUGUCUGGUUGUGGUUCGAGUCUAUGCAUCAUCGUGUACGC